AUGCUCUACAGCACCGUCAUCGCCUUGACUAUGGCCGCAUCUGCCAUGGCCACUCCAGUCAAACGCGCCGUCUUCGAUUGCAACGUCGCCUACGUCAGCUGCAUCGCAAAUCCGUAUCUAUCAGACAGCUACUGCAACGACACCCGCAACACAUGCGAAGCCUGCUGGCAAACCGAACAGUCCUGCAGAGUGACCGCAGACUACGCCAAAGGCAUCCAAUGCACCGUAGAUGCUCAACUCUGCUUCCACACCACCGAAAACCCUGGUUCCGUCUAUGGAGAAUACGAUUGUGAUGCUUCAUACAGCACUUGUGCCUAUGCCCCCGAUACCAAUCAUGCGUUUUGCGCGGCUCAGAAUGCUGCUUGUGGGGCUUGUGAGACGCAGGAGAAUCAGUGUCGUAGUGCUCCAGGUGCUAAUCAAGCUGGAUGUUCUGCGCAGUCUGCUGGCUGCUUUAGGGAUGCUGUUACUUCCAAUGGCUCUUACACUGGCUAG